UUGUUAAGCCUUGCGAGGAAUGUGCGCUUAGUAAUUUGUACUUUUAUUUAACGACGAUGGCUGAUAAUAAAUGUGCACAGAUGAUUCAAACAAAUUUUUCUUUACACGGUCUGAUACUGUCUAGGGAACUCAGAAUAUCUCUUACCAAACAGCUGUUAAAGAUACCAGAAGAUGAACGUGAAUCCUGGCUGAAUCGCAUUAUAGAGCUGGUCCUUGCUCAAAACUUAAAUGAUCCGCAUGUUAGCGCGGAACAUAUAAAACUUGCCAUAGAGGAAUGUGUGGAACCAAAUAAAUUAAAAGAUACAGAAACAGUAUUUAACGUUAUAAGUGGAUACGAUAUACCAAAAAUAAAAUAUGACAUUUGCAAAAAAAAGUUUACUAUAGACAAUGAAAACUUGUAUCCUGAAACACAAUACAAGUCAUUAAUUUUUAAACAUCGUUUUGAAAUGGUAUGGUACAAAACUUUGAGACAUAAGCAAUUCCAGUCUUCCAAGUUUGAGAAACAGCAGGCAGAUAAAACAAAUAUCAUACCUAUUGAAUAUCUGUUGAGUGAACUGAAAACAGGAAGAGUAUGCAUAAUGGGCCUGAUAACACAAUUAAUGGAGGAUCAAUAUUUUUUGGAAGAUACAACUGGAACUGUUAAAAUUGACAUAAGCAGUACAGAUUUUCAGGAUACUUUCAUUAUGGAGGGCUGUAUAGUAAUUGUUAAUGGUGUUUACAAGGAUGAUGUAUUACAUGUGGAGAAUGUCAACUUCCCACCGAUAGAAUCAUCAGAAAGCAUGCGGUCAGAUUUUGGUGACACUAAUACAUUUGGUGGACCGCAUAAUCUCUCUUUGAAAAUGUCGGAAAAGUUACAAAUUCAUGAAGAAAACGAUCCGGAUGGAAUGAUAAUAUUCAUAGCGGAACUAUGGCUGGACAUGCCAAAUGUGUUGCAAAAAUUUAAAACAGUGCUGGAAGGAUACACGGAUUAUCCUCCUAUAGCUUUCGUGUUAUGCGGUCAUUUCUUGAGCUUUCCCACAAAUGUAACCAGCCCACAAGCCUUAAUAACGGGUUUUAAAAAUUUGGCUGAUGUAAUAGCGCAGUAUCCGAACGUCAAAGAAUCCUCUAAAUUUGUUUUCGUACCCGGUCCCCACGAUCUAGGCUCGCCUAAGAUUUUACCGAAACCUCCUUUGCCCAAGUGCAUUGUCGAGGAAGUCACCAAGCUAGUACCGAACGCUAUUUUCACUACAAAUCCGUGCAGAAUACAAUACUGUACAAAAGAGAUUGUGAUAUUGAGGGAGGAUAUGUUGACAAAGAUGUGCAGGAACGCACUUCGUUUUCCGAAAGAGGAACAUUUCUUUAAACAUUUCGCCAAAACUAUCGUAAGCCAAUCACAUUUGACUCCUGUACCUCUCCAAGUUGUUCCAAUCUAUUGGAGGUACGACCAUGCCCUCCAAGUGUUUCCAACGCCAGAUCUCAUAGUGAUUGCUGACAAUUUUGGAACAUACACGACCGAUUAUGCAGACUGUUAUGUGAUAAAUCCAGGAAUGUUUUCGAAAAACAACUUUUCGUUUCAAGCUUACGUGCCCGCCAUCAAUCAAAUCCAAGAUUGCCAGCUUCCAAAUGACAUUGAUAUUUCUUGAAAAAGAUAAGUUUGAAAUAAUUGAAAAAUUUUGACAAUUUGAUAAUUUAUAAUUAUUGUGCUAGUCUUUUAUAAUUUUAUAUAUUUAUUUUACCUUUGUAACACAAAAUCUUAUUUUUACAAUACUUUAAAAAUGGGUCGGAAAUAGAUCACUUAAAUCAUAACUUGAUACUGAUACUAAAUACAAAACAAAUUAAAUUAAAUUCAAGGAAUAAUUUAAUCACACGCGAAGAUUUUCUGGGCUGAAAAUGGGAGGAGGGGGUGAAAAUGAGGGAGAGAAAUAAUUUGUUCUUACAAUUAGUCCUUUGUAUCCAACAAUAUUACAGCAGAAAAUAUUGAGAAGUAACU